AUGCAAGGUCGCUUCUUCAUUGUCUCCAAGUUUAACCGCCGUGUCCUUGAUGUCGAAGGUGCCUCCACCAAAGAUGGUGCUAAAAUCUGUGCCUGGAAGCAAAAGGACGAUUCCGAUAACGAAAAUCAAUUGUGGACUUAUGACAACGGUUACUUCGUCAACUGCAAGUCCCAAAAGGUUCUUGCUAUCAAGGGCAAGAAGAUUGAAUCUGAGGCCCGUGUUAUUCAAAACGAGAGAGCUGAAGAUGAAGAAGGUCAAGCCAAGCAACGCUGGCAAAUUGAUAGCCAAGGCUACAUCCACCUUGCCUCCCACCCUGACCUCGUCGUUGAUAUCCGUGGUGCUGAAGAUGAAGAUGGUGCUGAAAUUAUCUUGUACGAAAAGCGCUCUGGUACUGUUGCUGCCAACCAACAAUGGGAAAUUGUUCACCACUAA